CCAGCUUGCUUAUUCUUCUACUGUACUACUACUACUACUGCUACUCUACUCCUACUAUGUCCCACGACAACAAGGCAUCCAUGGACGGCACCACCAUCGACUUCAACAACAACAACGGUGCCAAGCCCCAGUUCUCCUCCGCGGGCCACUCCGUCCCAGAGAGCGAAGAGCUCGAUCGCUAUGUCACAGACGACGUCCCCAGGCAGCAGAAGAUGUCUGUCAGGCCUCAAACCGCCCCCGAGGGAGGUUUGAUCGCCGUGCAACCCCUGCAGAAGAACGAGAUGCAACCUUCUUACGCUCAAGACCUUGGCGCCGGCUCGAUCGACCACGGCUGCUAUGGAAGCUUCAUGAACGCCCUUGGUGCUUGUAUCGGUGCACUCGGUGUCGUGCCAUGCUGCCCCUGCCCGAACCCCUUCCACAACAUCUCCCAAGGCUCCGUCGGCCUCGUCUCCCGUUUCGGCAAGUUUUAUAAAUCCGUCGACCCCGGUCUCGUCAAGAUCAACGUCUGUACUGAGGGCGUCCAAGUCGUCGACGUCAAGAUUCAGCUCACCGGCGUGCCCCGCCAGACUGUCCAAACCAAAGACAACGUCUCGGUCGAUGUCGACAGUGUUAUCUGCUGGCACGUUAUCUCGCCGUACAGAGCGGCUUAUGGCAUUUCGGACGUCCGAUCUGCGCUGGUUGAGCGUGCGCAGACGACACUUCGACAGGUCGUCGGUGGUCGUGUCUUGCAGAGUGUCAUCUCUGACCGUGAAGGUCUCGCCCACGAAGUCGCUGAAAUUAUCGAAGCCACCGCCGAAAAGUGGGGUGUCGCUAUUGAAUCCAUCCUCCUCAAAGACAUCAAUUUUUCCAUCGAGCUCCAGCAAUCUCUCUCUUCUGCUGCUACCCAAAAGAGGGUCGGCGAGAGUAAGGUUAUCGCGGCAAGGGCAGAGGUCGAUGCCGCCAAGUUGAUGAGGCAGGCUGCCGAUAUCCUUGCUUCCCCGGCGGCUAUGCAGAUCCGACAACUCGAGGCUCUGCAGAACAUGGCUCGCAACUCUGGCUCCAAGGUCAUCUUUGUGCCGAUGAGCCUCGGCGGAAUGGGCGCGGCGGGUAUCACCAACGACGUUGCCGACCAGAUCCGCGCUUCUGGUCAUGAGGGUGAGAAUGCCGAAGCUGGACCCUCGUCGGCCAGUAAUGCAGGGUUGAUCACCUCUAUGGCCAACAUCUAAGUCCCAAAGCUCUUGUCGAGUUAUGUUUUUGAAACGAAACGGAAGGAAAGAUUAUGUUUGGGAAUCAGCAAUCUUUACGAAAUCGAAAGUGAAGGAAGGGAAAGAGGAAAAGUGAGAAUAGCUACACACAGUAUAAUUGAGAUUAAUCUUUUGGGCCCAUCGUGCGCCGGUCUUAUACACGCAGACCUACUGUAAUUCUAUCUUGCUAGCCUUCUAUGCGAGUCAAAUGUAAAGUGCGUGCACUGUAGCCCGCCAGAUCCCCCCUUUGC